GACUUCGAUGAUUCAAGAUGUUCGUCUAGAAAUCGUAGUAUGUCAGAAUGUUAUUUUGCGGUUAGAGGUGCCGCUGUCAUUUUGCCUCACAGCGACAAUUCUCCGACAUGUUCUCAUGGGACUGCAAAUGGAGCUGAAAUUGAGAGCCACCUUCAACUGAUGCUAAGGCUUUUGCGACCUCAAGAUAAAAUGAGUAUGGCCGUUCGACUACAAACUCAGGUUUCUGAUCAUGUCAGAUAUCUUGCCGUUGUUUCAACUCACGAUGUGGAUAAACUAACCCUUUUGAUUGGUAUGGACUACUUCAAAGAAAAUAUGACGUAA